AUGACAUCGCUAUUUUUCUCACUCAACCCAGAGGCAUUAGGGCGGAUGCAUGAUGCCCUUUCAUGUCUGGCCAAAUUCAGUGAGACGGUCUCUAUAGAGGCUGAAUCUACUUUACUUCGACUAAGCGUCAUCAACUCCAGCAAGACCGCCUAUGCUGCAUUUGUCCUCGACAGAGCAAGUUUCUUCACAACUUACUCAUUCAGCCAUAAUGGCCAGAGCGAAAACGUCCGGUCAGAUAGAUUCUGCUGCCAGAUUUAUCUCAAAGCUUUGCUGUCCAUCUUCAAAGGGAGAACCACUGGACGAGAUAAGGACACAGCGGUCGAAAGGUGCGAGUUUGAACUCAACGAAGAUCCGGCCGAGACAGAAUGCAGGCUCGUCAUUAGAAUGAUCUGUGGGCUGGGAGUCAUUAGGACUUACAAGCUCACUUAUGAACCGACUACAGCUCAGCAUGCCAUCUUCGACAGAUCUAGCGCAACUAAUAAAUGGAACAUUGAGCCCAGGUUUUUGAAGGAAAUUACCGACCACUUCAGUCCGUCAGCAGAGCAACUCGAUAUCUACUCCGAUGGUGGCAAGGCCAUCUUUACAAGCUUUACGACAAAGAUCACUGACGGGCAAGAGAUUCUCAAACAACCAGUACAUACCUCCGUGGCUAUCGAUAAAAGAGACUUUGAGGACUUUUCGGCUGAAGAUGAACUUCAUAUUGCCAUUACUCUGAAGGACUUCAAAGCGAUUCUAACCCAUGCAGAGACAACAGGCGUGCUGAUCACCGCUCGGUACACUCGCCCCUGUAGACCACUGCAGCUUGCAUAUGACUUCGAGGGGGUUAGGACCGAAUUCACCUUGAUGACGACAGGCGAAGAUGAUAGUGAGGACUUCCCGUCAUCGCGAGCAGCCGUUCCCGAGCUGUCCGCAAGACAAACGCCCGCGCCGGUGCACGUCUCUCAGAACAAUGCUGCCUCGAAUAGGGAACAGAUGCCACCUCCUCGCAGUCGAUCAAUUCGGCCGCUGACUGGGACAAUCGACCGCGUCAAAGAGACUAAUGUUGGGAGUCAGCAGCCACUGCCACAAUCAAUUCACUUUGACAGUCUGUUUGUUCCAGCGGAUGAUGACAGGCAGUGGGAUGUACCGAAUGAGGAGGACGAGACAAUGGCUGAGGACACGCUCGGCUGGGACGCUACAGCUGAUCAGGCGACAUUCAACGCAAGUCUUGGGCCUCGCUUGCGAGACACUGAACCCGUUCUGCCGCAUGACUCAAACCAGCAAGAGCGUCAGGAAGAAAUGGGCAUUCCUCCAACACAACGCAUUUCACAGGUUCGUGGUCUCGGCCUUUUUGAUUAG